GGCGCCUGCGGAGCAGCGAGCGGCUCAGCCGGGCGCCGCCGGGCCGCGCAGCCCAUGGAGCCGGCCGGGCAAGGGCAAGGGCAGGCGCAAGGGCAAGGGCAAGGGCAAGGAUGCUCGGCGCCGGAGGGGCAGCAGGACGCCGGCCGCCCGCGGCCCCGGGAGGGAGCCCAGACUUCGCACCAAACUCCGAGCCCCAGGAAGAAGCCCAAAUCCCCAAAGCCUGAGAACGCGAUAACAAUUGCCGUGUCGUCGCGGGCGCUGUUCCGUAUGGAGGAGGAGCAGAAGAUUUACAGCGAGAAAGGGGUGGAGGCGUAUGUGAAAUACCAGCUGGACCAUGAGAGCGAACCCUUCCUACCUGGCGCCGCCUUCGCCUUCGUCAAGGCGCUGGAAGCUGUCAACACGCAGCUGCGAGAGCUCUAUCCCGAGAGUGAAGAACUCUUUGAUAUCGUCCUAAUGACCAAUAACCAUGCCCAGGUUGGGGUGCGUCUGAUCAACAGCAUCAAUCAUUAUGAUCUGUUCAUCGAGAGGUUCUGCAUGACGGGAGGGAACAGCCCCAUUUGCUACCUGAAGGCCUAUCACACCGACCUGUACCUCUCGUCCGACUGCGAGAAAGUGAGUGAGGCCAUUGAAGAGGGGAUUGCCGCUGCCACCAUUUUCAACCCCAGCAAAGACGUGAUGGUGCCGGAGAACCAGCUGCGGGUGGCAUUCGAUGGGGAUGCUGUGCUGUUCUCGGACGAGUCGGAGCAGAUUGUGAAGGCCCACGGCCUCGACAUGUUUUUUGAGCAUGAGAAGACCUAUGAGAACAAGCCUCUGGCCCAGGGCCCCCUGAAAGGUUUUCUGGAAGCCCUGGGGAAGCUGCAGAAGAAGUUUUACUCCAAGGGGCUGAGGCUGGAGUGUCCGAUCCGCACCUACCUCGUCACCGCCAGGAGCGCAGCCAGCUCGGGGGCCCGUGCCCUAAAGACUCUCCGCAGCUGGGGACUAGAAACAGAUGAAGCCCUCUUCCUGGCCGGGGCCCCCAAAGGCCCCCUGCUAGAGAAGAUCCGCCCUCACAUCUUCUUUGAUGACCAGAUGUUCCACGUGGAGGGGGCUCAGGAGAUGGGCACCGUCGCAGCCCACGUCCCCUAUGGCAUCGCACAGAAACAGAGGCGGAUGGCAGAAAAGAAGCGAGCCAAGGACAUUGAGUGACGGGGCCGGCGAACUGCAGUGGACAUGCUCGCUGGCCAGGGUUCGGUGCAUGCCGUCACCGGCCAGUCCGCUAUGCGUCGAUGUAUGCAAUGAUCCAAGUGUCCUCUGUGAUUAAUAGUGAAGCUACUGAAGUGGCAGGUGCCAUGUCUGGAGGGAGGAGAGGGGGUUGACUGAAAAGCUCCCUUUGGCCUUUAUGUCUUGCACUUUACUGAUGAUUUCUGUCCCUCUAGCCCAGCACUGACCUCCAUACUAGUCAGGGUCUACACAUGGCACCCCCAGCAUCUCAAGCUUGGCUCCUUUGCCAGCUCCUCAGCCACUGCCCCACCUCUGUGGCCAUCAUCUCUGCUGCUAUGCCUCAGGGUCAGCCUAUGCCCAAGCCCAGCAUGCCUGCCCCUCUGCUUUAGGGGACCCAGAGGUGGAGGUGGGGGAGCCCCGAGGAGCUCCCCAUUAAUUCCUGCACUGAGUGCACAGCCAUAUAAGAGUCUGCAUCUCUCAUUGUCCUUGACUGCUGCCGUCUUCUCAACUCGAGUAGCACCAAGUGAAGAAUAGAAACAAUGAGGAAAAAAUAACCUCAUAAAAACAAUAAUAGAGGGCACAAGCCCAAUUCCUACUCAAAGUUUGGCCCAAAUUUUCACAUCUGGGUUCCACAGCUAAGUGUCUUAUAUGGAGAUGCUCUCUUGUGGGCUUAGGUAUCUUGACUGGGGCAUCCAAAACUGAGGCACCUAAAAUGAAAAGCCACUUUUGAAAGUGUGGUUUCUGUGUUGGUGGGAAGGAAGCUAAAGAUCAUAUGCAAGUUGGGUGCAACAGUCCUGAGAGAUAGCUAAGCCAAGUUAUCUUGAAGUCAGUGCAGCUGCUUCAGCAAGGAACUCGAGCCUGGGUCUGUCAUCGGGUGAAAACUGGAUCUUUUUUCAUUCAAACUGAGCCCCGUCUACAACUGGUAAUUCUUCUCUGGUCAGUGCAUCAAGCCUAUUCUGUCUCCCAGGAUAGAGGCUUCUGGUACAGGAUGGGAAAGAUUCACAUCUCCAAUUAACAGUUAGUGCUGUUGUCUUCUCAAAUGGCAUUUGCCAAAGUAGGUUGUGGCCUACAAAAGAUUGUGUCUUUGAACCAGUUAGUCUCUAAGGGGAUACACACACGUACUAACUUUCUGACAGUCAAGCCGACUUAAAUUUUUUAAGUUGACUUCAGUGUCAGAGCGUACACAUGUACGUGCAGCAGUCAACUUAAAUGUGGCACAAGAUAAUACACCUCUGAGAUGCAUUAUUUGGAGUCACAUUAGUUAAGUUGACUUAGCUGGUUGACGUAGUGGAAGCUGUACAUGUGUACACUGCAGCAUGGCUUACCUAUGGGUGCAUCUACAUGUCGCCAUGCUUUAGUACUUCCUUUUGGAACUACUAAAGCACAGUGCAGUACAGGUGGUUACUGCACCGUGUGCGUGGCGCACGGUUAGCUUUUGCCACCAUGCCUCCAUAGCAGCAUGCUAUAACCAGGGAGUACACAGCUAUGGCAACGUAGUCAGCAAUUAUAUCUAGAUCCGUGUGAUUGCUACAUCGCUGUAGCACGCUGUACAACAACAUAGCAUGUCACUAUGCUGCCACUAGUUAGUUAAGUUGCCUUAGUUAAGUCCCUUUCUUUUAAGUUGACUUAAUAUGUGUGUACACACCCUAAGAGAGUGCCCUGCCCUACCUUCUGCCUAAUUCUUUCCAGCUAACAGAGAUUACCACCUUUAUGUUUUAAGAUUAAUUAAAAGAAAAAUGCAUUUGAGGGCUAUUCCAGAAGCAGCAGAAGGCUUGCUCUUACAACUCGGAUUACAUGAUGGACCAGACUGAAGGGAAUGAUCAGGGUAAGCAUCAUCUACCCCUUGUGUUGUGUUAUCAUUAAGGUGGCUCAAAUGCAAUUUCUAUAGCUGAAGCUGCCUACCAUUAUAGACUGUGUUUUCAGUUGCUUGUAACUUUGCCAGAUGUGAACUACUUGGGCUAAAAUUCCCCACGCUAUGUGCUUGCUGCUGACUAAUUAUUCUUUGCUUUGCUUUUUUAACCUUCUUUGAGAAGGAGCGCAGUGUCAGCUUAAAGAGUUCAGCUAUACCUGAGAAUGAGGUUAGGGUGAGGAUUAUUAUAUUUCAAUUAAAAUAAUAUUGAAAACCUGGUGAAAUCUUCACCACGGAUCUAGCUGGUUUGCUCCCUGCACUGAAUUCUGCUCAGACAAGGAAAAGAUGAACAAUUUUCACUUUUUAUUUGGUUCGUUGCACUUUAAGCUUCUCUAUCUUGCACUGUUUGGGUUGCAAACACCUUAAAGGAAAGCUGUAAAUCCAAAGUAUAGAGGGGAACCCCUUUUAAGACAUUGAUUAUCAAGUUUUUGGCUUUUUUUAAUGCAAAAACCAGAUGUUGGGGUCCAUGCAGUCUACCAGAGACCCUUUCAACAGAUGUCUUGAGCUACCAGUAUGGCUUCCAUAUAAACCUUUCCAAGGUGUUUCAUGCAGGUUGGCACUGAUGGACCUCUUGGAAAUGCUCCUAGUGCAUCUCACAAGUAGUCUAGAUCAGUACCGGGUCCUCCCCAUAGAAGAUGACCUUGUAACAGGAACAAAAAGUGGAUCCAUGGUUGAAAUCUCGUGAGAUUGUAUCUGUCUGUGCCUAUCAAUUGUCAGAAUACACGUGUGACUGAACGUGGACGUGUGUGAGAGCAACUGGAAUAUAGGUUUGUAGGCAGCUGGCUGUGUGUGGCUGCAUAAAGUUAUACAUGUACACAUGAUAAAUCAUGGGCAUCUGUGGGGACGUGGAUACGGGGGUGUAAAAGAGCAUGUUUCAAACUGGGCCUUCAUGCUGGAGAGGGUUUGCCACUUCUGACAUGGUGUAACAGGGAUUGAGCUGUCAGGGGGGAAAGCCUCAGUUUUCGGUACCUUUAGCUCCCGGAGAGCAAAUGUGCGGCAGCGUUGGGUAGCUGGAGGGCAGGGCGUGCACAGUGCCAGCGCUGUGUCCUUCUGGGGACUGCCUGCCUCGCCCUUCCAUUUUGUUUCCAACCCUUAAGACCAGAGAAUAAUUACAGAGGACCUGGAACGAGCUCGCCAGGCAGCUCCUGCUUUGCCUUUUAUUUCCUUCGCUUCCACUACGAAGCUGUAGCUCCAUCGCUUGUCCCCUGUUUCCAGUGCUUGUUGUGAGUGGGCAGCCAGGACGCUCCUCAGAAAAUGCAGGACUUUGAGGAACGAUGCCCAGAGAAGCUCCAACCCCCACUCUUUACAUGGCUUUGGUGGGAUUUUGGACUGUUGUCAUGUGUGAUUGUUGCAAUAUUUUUUCCUAUUGCUCUGCAAGGUGUUUUUCAUGUCACGCUGGCUGGCUGGCUGAAGUGGCUUUCACUGCUGUUGCAACUUGCCUGUGCUACACCUGCCCUCUCCUGAGCCAGGAUGGAUUUUCAACCCUGCCGGCAGCCAGCAACCCCCCGCAACAGGUCUGCAGGACUUGCUGUCCCAUCUUGCCACCUUUCUGAUGGCCUGGUGGCUUGCUUCCUGCACCAGCCUGGCAGGAAGACAGCCCUGGCUGUUAUCUCAUUGCUGUGGGGUUCCACAUCUGUGUCUUUGGGUGGUUUUAUUUGUGAAUGAGCUGAUGCCUUCGUGGAAAUGAUCAUGGGUGUUUAUGUGUAAUAAACUGCAUCUGGUUGCACCCCG